AUAGUACGCUGACAUGAUACGGUAUCGUGCGACUUGACGAAAAUGCACGGAUAAUCGGCCAAAGUUCGAAAACCUGUUUACAGUGUUUCUAUGAGGGAGAACCGCGCGUGACAGUUUCCUCUUUGAAGUCUAUUAAGAAUUUACGUUCUCUGUAAAAUUGCCCUGUCAAAUAGUAUAUCGUGUCGAUAAGUUGAUUUGCGUGAAUGGACGCGCAUCGACAGAAAGUAAAAUUGUUGAAGGUAUAAAGACGUGCGAUACAGUAGCGCAACAAAUAAUUGUGCGCGCCUCGUGAUGACAAGCGCGCUUCGAUAAUUAGUCAGUAGUUUUCCAGAGUUUUCCGCCACACCUGCGGGACGCGCGUCCGAGCCGAAAUUAUUUUAUGUUAUGCGGGAAUCCGACCGGGUAAUCUACCGUACCUCAAGGACGAAAUAAUUUCUGCACGUUAGAAGUAUAUUUGCAAUUGCGCAACUAAUUGCUGAAAGCGUGCUCACUAACCCAUUAGUUGACUCCAAUUUAUACCUGCCAAGCUCUGCGCAACGAUGCAGGAAAAUCAGUGCCCGAGAAUCGUCAGCCGAAAGGAAUGGAAAGCCAGGAAGCGUCUCGAUUUCGAGAUAAUGCCGGUGACACCGGUACCGUACGUGGUGAUCCAUCACGGCGGCAUACCUAAUUAUUGUAAAGAUCAGGAGACGUGCUCCGCGAUCGUUAGAUCCUACCAGAACUUGCACCUGGACGAUCGGGGCUGGUGGGACAUUGGCUAUAAUUUCCUCAUUGGCGAGGACGGUAACGUCUACGAGGGUCGCGGCUGGGAUUACACUGGCGCGCACGCACCUGGAUACAACACUCAGAGCAUCGGCAUAUGCUUCUUGGGACACUUCAGCGACUUUCUCCCGAACGCGGCUGCUCUGAAGACGUUGAACGAGCUGAUAGCCUGUGGGGUUUCACUCGACAAGAUAAGGGACGACUACAACGUCAUUGGUCAUCGACAAACGCGGGACACGGAAUGCCCCGGCGAGAGCUUUUACAAAUACGUAGUUGCCCUUCCCGGCUGGACCGCAAGUCCGAUACCUCACAAUCGUUCGACCACGACGACGAUGCCGAUAGCGCAGGACAACGAUACCGUCUAAACUCUAAAGAAACAGCAAAUCGAGCGCCAUUCCACGAUGGCGUUUCUAAAUCGUUGUCAAAUAGAACGCAAUUACAAAGAAUCCUAAGUAUAGAACGAAGAUUUGACGUAACGAGGGAUCGUAAGUAUUAUUUUGUUCCUAUUAGAAAGGAUACUUACAGUUGUAUCUCUUACGCCGACCCUGCUGCGUAUUUUUCUUUUAUAUACAUAAAGAGUCUGAUAGAAUCGCGUGGUUAUGUCAGUAGCUUCUAAAAAUCCGCUUACGUUAAUUAGUAAACAGAGUUUAAUUUUGUAUUAUAUGUAUAUAAUAGCUUUCUCUCGGUAUGGUAAGUACCAGAUAUAACCGUUGGUACCUCUGCUUAUCAUUACAAGCAUUCUCGCUGACGCGAACGGCCGUUGAAAUAAAAGAAAAACGACUUUCUCCGUCUGGCGAAGGUGAUUCCCCCGAUGUACAAAGUGACCCCGUAUGCUUAAGGCUCCCCGCGCUAACUUAUACGUAACAGUAGUCAAGAUAGUCGCCGAUAAAACUGUCAGGUAAAAUGCAAAGUUUACGUACACGCAGCGUUUUAGAUAGAUCGUUAGAAAGAGUCAAACAAGCUGUGUGUCCCAGGGUACUGUGACAUAAAUAUCUCUCACGCAAGUUCGACAAACGAGAUCAAUGUCACUCGCGCCUCGGUUCGCGUGCAAGACUCGUACUUUUACAGGGCCAUGCUCGUUACGAUAAAUGCUCACAGGGUCACGGUCUUCGCGUUUAAUUAGCGACAAUGCUAAUCGAAAUAUCACGGUGCCACGCACGAUUGUCUCUGGCAUACUUUCGCAUUGACUGCGAUAAAAUGUUAUCAGGUACCUACUCUGUUCCACAAUGUACAAAUUACGAUCGCGGAUUUCGUGAACAUUGCUUGAGUAGCAGGGUAUAUCGGAUUUUUUUGUAUAUCGAAGAUACAAAAAAAUCGUAGAUACGUCUUUAAAAAAACGGAUUUUUCAACAAAACCAUUGGUUAAAAAUUUGAAAAAAUUCUAUAUACGUAUACAUUUAAAAAACUGACCUUACUGCAAUCUUCAAUCUGCAUAGACCACGACGGAGUAUUUGAACACCUCCCGGUAAAGAACCUGGAAAAAAAAGAAAUUUGUUAAUCAAUCUUGAAGAUUAAUUAUCUCCCGGGAUUUCCCAUAAAAACAUCGUUUUGCCGGACCCGUGGAAUCGAUAAGAUAAUCGGUAUCGUGCGUAAUGUAGCAUAAUCGCAACUUCAUUACCAGCAUAUACUGUUUUUCGGGCAAAGUUCAGGGAGAUCGGACGAGACAAGAAUCUGAGUUGUAGGUUUUUGUACGUUGCUGUGGCAUUAGUCAGAGCUUCGAUCGAAGCGCGAGCAAAUCGAAAUACUAAUUCGUGUUUGUCAAUAAUUUUGUAUCGCACGGUUGAGUCAACUGUGCGACUAGCUCGUUAAUAUUCCACAAAAAAAGCCUGUUCCUUCUAAGCUGUAGUAAUGCGAAUGAUCAACGACAUAGUGUCUCUUGUAUUUAUCAUUAAUUCAUUUAUACACAUGAAAAAUAUGAUUGUCGCAUUAUUUUACAUUUAUUAUUAGCUAAUGAUAGAUGGUUCUGUAUAUACGUCUGUAUAUUUGUGUACGAUAAAAUAAAUCAGUAUUAUAAAAAAAUUCUCCCCAUAA